CUUUCUCCCUCCCUUUCUUCUUCUUCCAAUUUCCUCGAUUAUGUUUUAGGGUUUAGCGAUCGCAGUUCACAGCAACACCUCUAAUCCCACCAAAAUCACAUCAAAAGCCUAAAAUCCAUUUUCCCACAGCUCCUUCCGGCGUUCUUGACACCCUGCUUCUUCUUCGGCUUCUGUUGUUCCGUGCUGUUCUAGGGUUUCUUCUCCCGUGUUCGAUGAGGGUUAUGAAAGCUAGGGAUUCGAGCAAUCGGUGUGCGAACAGGAGGAUUUGUUUGGAUUCGAGACAAUGAGCGCUGUCAACAUUACAAAUGUCACCGUACUGGAUAAUCCAGCAUCAUUUCUGGCUCCCUUUCAGUUCGAGAUAUCGUACGAGUGUUUGACUCCCCUAAAAGAUGAUUUAGAGUGGAAACUCAUUUAUGUUGGAUCUGCUGAGGAUGAGACAUAUGAUCAACUACUGGAGAGUGUACUUGUUGGGCCCGUCAACGUUGGAAACUACCGUUUUGUAUUACAGGCAGACCCACCAGAUCCAUCCAAGAUUCGUGAAGAAGAUAUCAUUGGUGUGACAGUGCUUCUUUUGACUUGUUCAUAUCUGGGUCAAGAAUUUGUCCGAGUGGGAUACUAUGUUAACAAUGAUUACGAUGAUGAGCAACUGAGAGAGGAACCCCCACCAAAGGUCUUGAUUGAAAAGGUCCAAAGAAAUAUUCUCUCUGAUAAACCUAGGGUAACAAAAUUCCCCAUAAAUUUUCAUCCUGAAAAUGGUGGAAAUGAAGUACCUCCUUCAUCUGAUCACCCUGCUGAAAUUGAUGAAAAUGAAGAAGUUCCUCCUUCACCAGAUCAUUUAUCAGAUGAGCAGCAAGCAUGAAUUGCAGAAUCCCAUGAACCAUGCCUGGAUGCUUCUUUCAUGUUUCUCCCUGCUUCUCUUUCAUCGACAAAAAGUCAUCUCAAAACAGAAAAACUGCCAGUUUUAAGCGUAGAUAACCCAGUAAUCAUUUUGGGAGAUGUAUUUUCCAGAAAUUUAAAGUUGAAACUUCAUCCAUGAAUCAUAUUCUGACGACAUUCUGAUGAGUGAUGAAGAUGUUCAAUGGAGUGAUGUUUCAGGUCAGGCAUACUGGGUUCUAUUAGUAUUUUGCUGUUUUGUUUGUUAAACCACUGUUUGAUUGAGAUGACUGAUUUCUGCCCUUCAAAUUGGAUUUGUCAAGGUCUGUAAUACUAGCAACGAUGAAUUCUGGUUGUAUUUUCUUCCAUCUGUUCCAUGUCAACUGCAUGUUUCUUUAAUAUGACUCUAUAAACAUAUUGUUCAUAGGUUUAGCAAGCACUGUCUGACACAAGUGUCUUGAUAUGUAUGAAAAAGAGUUUUGUAAUUCAAAUUGUAUCGGAUUGCAAGACAAGUAGAGUCCUCAAGAAUUGCAAACCAAUGGACUUAUAAAUGUAUGUAUAUAUA